AUGCGUCAGGAGGAACAGAUUAAAAGAUUCCAAGAGAUAGUGGAUCAGUUAGGGACCGCACCAGCUGGGGCCCGUCGAGGACAGCCGGGGGUUGUGACGGAGGCGUUUCCAUCGGGGUCGGGCAAUCCGACUUUUGUUAAUUCAGAAAUGGAAGCGGAAAGAGAGCGAGCUUUGGCGGCUCUCAUGUCCUUCAAGAAGUUUGAUCCACCUACUUUUGAUAGAGAGGACAUAGAUCCAUGGACUGUGGAGUCGUGGAUUGACUCCAUAGAGACUGUUUUUGAGGAUUUGUACACGGUGGAACGGGACAAGGUGCGCCUAGCCGCGCAUUGUCUGCAACGAUCAGCGAAGGUGUGGUGGAAAGGCAUCAAGCAGAAUCGAUCGCCUCGUCUCCCUCUUAUGACUUGGCAAGAGUUUCGGGAAUUAAUACUUUCUGUUUAUUUUCCCGAUAGUGAAAAGAGAAAGCUUCGGGACAGGUUUCAGAAAUUACGACAAGGAGAUCGCUCUGUGAGGGAGUACGAACGGGAAUUUUUCCGUAUCGUGAGCUGUCUUCCGAACGUGGUACAAGGUGAUAAAGAUCGAGCUGAUUGUUUUGUACGAGGACUUCGGCCUGAUAUUUUCAAAGUGGUGCAUAAUCUUAAGUUGCAGACUUUUGCUGAAGUUGUGGAUCGGGCUCUAUGGAUAGAGCAAGGCAAUGCUUUUGUGCGUGAAGAGCGCGAGGCUGAGGAAUGUAAGCGACUCAGCAGCAGCAACAAGCUGCAGCAGCCAGCAGCUCAGCAGCAGCUGCUGCUGGAGCAGCAGCGAGCACCACCAGCAGCACCAGCAGCUGCUGGAGUAGCACCAGCAGCAAGCAGCAGUAGUAGCAGCAGCAGCAAGCAGCAGCAGCUUGUGCUGCUUAACAGCAGCUAG